AUGUCGCAUCCAGAGAAACCUGUAGCCUCUACAGCUGAUGUCGAAGCAACAGAGCCGAGGAAGUACUUGACUGGCUUGUCAUUUGCGUUCUUCUUCGUUGGUCUCUCAGUGAUUGUCCUCUUGAUCACCCUUGAUCUGGCAAUCGUUGCGACUGCAAUUCCUAAGAUCACGGACGAGUUCGAUACAAUCUCGGACAUUGGCUGGUAUGCGAGUGCGUUUGUCUUGACGCAGGUGACAUUCGUCCUCCUGUCGGGCCGAACAUACACAUAUUUUCCGUUCAAGACAACAUAUAUCAGCUACAUCGUCUUGUUCGAAUUCGGCUCGGUACUGUGCGGUGCGGCACAGUCCUCGAGUAUGCUUGUCGUCGGUCGAGCUGUCGCUGGAAUCGGUUCCUCUGGAAUCAUGAACGGUACCAUGACGAUCGUCCAUAUCGUUUCUCCUCCCGAUCGCAGGGCCAUGGGGCUGGGCAUCGUGAUGGCACUGUACGGUCUAGGUCAGCUGCUCGGACCAUUAGUUUCCGGAGGAAUCACGGAGCAUGCUUCGUGGCGAUGGUGUUUCUAUAUAAAUCUACCGAUUGGGGCACUGGCGGUCAUAUGUUUUGCCUUCAUUAAAUUGCCGACGUAUGCAAGGAAACCUUGGACGAUAAGGACGCUCUUCUGGGAUCUCGACACCAUUGGCUUCACAAUCCUCGCGCCUGCAUGCGUUAUGCUCCUGCUGGCUGUUCAGUGGGGUGGCAACGAAUUUGGAUGGAGCAGCGCGACAAUUAUCGGCAUGCUCUGUGGUUCUGUCGCAGUGUUUGCCAUUUUUGCAGUCUGGGAGAUGCGACUUAAGGAUCAAGCAAUGCUUCCGUCGAACAUACUAAAGCUUCGGCCGGUAGCUUUUGCGUUGUUGGUUGCUUUCCUCCAGGGUGGAGGGAUGCUCAUCCUGUCAUACUAUCUGCCGUUAUGGUUUCAAGCUGUGCAGAACGUGAGCCCCACGAUGAGCGGCGUACGCCUUCUACCGUUGUUCAUUGGACAGUUGGUUGCAGCAGCAGUCGUAGGAGUUCUCAUGUCGAAGUUCCGAUUUCAUGCGCUGCUUCCCAUGGUCUUCGGUCACGGCAUGAUCGCCGUCAGUUACGGGCUCUUCAGCUCAAUCGAGCCGACUAGUGGACACGCAGCCUGGAUUGGGUAUCAAGUCAUCAGCGGCAUAGGUCGAGGCAUAGCCCUGCAAGCGGCGGUCCUCGUCGUACAAACAGUCGUGGCUGAAGUGGAAGUCGCAACGGCUACUUCGAUUGUGAUCUGGAUUCAGUUCUUGGGUAUGGGCACCAUGAUCAGUGCAGCUCAAGCAAUCUUCCUGUCUCUCUUGAAGACAAACUUCAGAGAACGUCUGCCACAAUUGGAUGCUGGUGAAGCGAUCAGAGCUGGCGCCACAGCUUUCAUCGACUCUGUGCCGGCGGAUAUGCGACAGAGCGUGGUCGAAGCAUACAGCGAUGCAAUAGCUGGGACGAAUUACCUUGGGCUGGCACUGGCUGCAGCUUCUGUGGUAGCUUCAAUAGGAGUGUGGAACACGAAAGUAGGGGGAAAGGCGGACGCCAAGCAGGAGGAUACGGAGACUGUGGUUGGAGGCUCGAAGGAUGCACGAUCACGAUGA